CGCUACAGUCAGUGCGUCUCGCGCCGACGGAGAGGUCGGUAUUUUUUCCGGAGUGUCUCGCGAUACGAUCCUCUACUCAUUCAUCGUCGAUUCGGUGCCACGAGGAAUACACGCCGGUCUGUCGUGCCGAAAACGCGAUUGCGAGGGGAAACUGAGAAAACGCGUUUGCGAAUGCAAGAACCGCGUCAGUGUCGUCGCGUCCAUCCCGCCGCCGGCAACGACAGCACGUUGUCGUCGCGAAUUGCAGUGUCGAGAUUUUAGCGUGUGUUUCUCCGUCUCCGCCUUUCUCCGCUUCUCGUUCACAUUCAUCUCUCCCGCUCGCAGAUUUCGUUUCCGCGCGCAGGAGCAGGACGACGUCGCGUCGCCGCGAGGAUGAAAAGUACCAUGACGACGACUCUGUGGAUUGUCGCCGUCGCGACGGUCAUCGUCGCGACGACGACGGUGAACGCCGCCGGGCUCAAGUGCGACAGUGUCAGGCCGAUCUUCGAGGCACAGGGCUUCCCGCUCAGCGAUAUCCCGAAGGAGGCGAUUUCAUCGAAGGAGCUUAAAGUAUGCGGCAGCGUGAGGAGCGGCGGCGAGGUGUGCUGUUCAGCCGACAUGGAAGUGAGAUUGCAGGCGCGGGCACGCGACAAACACGAAAUGGCCACCAAAGAAGCUCUUCACAGAAUGCAGCAGGUCCUGCACACGCGGGGAAACAGGUUCCACAGUUUUUUCAAGGAGCUACUGGAUGGCAGCAAGAAAGGUUUUCACGAGAUGUUCAAGAAGACCUACGGUAUCCUUUACGAGCAGAACGCGUACGUCUUCACGGACUUUUUCAAGGAGCUGGAGAAUUAUUACGCGAAGGGAACAGUGGACCUUAACGAUGCUAUGGAUAAUUUCUUCAACACCCUUUAUCAGAAGAUGUUUACCGUGCUCAACAGUCAGUACAACUUCGACAAUAAGUAUCUGGAGUGCGUGGGCGAACACAUGAAGGAGAUGCGACCGUUCGGGGACGUGCCACAGAAAUUGGGCGUGCAAAUUAAACGGUCGUUCGUAGCCACGAGAGCAUUCAGCCAAGCUUUGACUGUCGCUUCGAAUGUGUUGAAAAAUAUGCAAUCGCUGAGCAAACCGUCGGCGGAUUGCGCAGCUGCCUUGACCAGGAUGACAGCUUGUCCAGCCUGCAGCGGUAUAUCGGACAACGUACUGGCGUGUGGCGAUAUGUGUGCCAACGUGAUGAAGGGUUGCUUGGCGCAAUACGCGGCACUCGACACUGACUGGAAUCAGUUCGUUGAGGCAGUGGACAAGAUCGCCGAUCGAUUGCUCGGACCGUUCAAUAUCGAAGUACUGGUGCGUCCGAUCAACCUGAAGAUCUCCGAAGCGAUCAUGAACUUCCAGGAAAGCAGUCAAGACGUGUCGCAACGCGUAUUUACCGGUUGCGGCCGGCCGGUGCUGGGUAGACGUAAACGUAGGGACAAUCGAGAACUAGAAAUGGAAUCCCUGAACUUUGACCAGGAAACCUCACCGGAGGAUGACUCCGCUACAAGCUUGGAGAAGCUAGUGAAAGAAAUACGUCAGCGAGUGCGUGAUUCCCGACAAUUCUGGGUCUAUUUACCAUACCGGAUGUGCAACGACGGUCUGGUUGUGCCACCCAGUAAUACGAAAGAAUGUUGGAACGGCACACACGUAGACAAGUAUAUAUAUCCGGUGUCGUCCGAUGGCGAGUCUCAGAUGAUGAAUCCGGAGGUUCGCAGUAUAGGAUCAAGACCAACUAUCGUGAGGGAUCAAGUUUUCGCGCUGACCACCAUCACGAACAGGUUGAAAUUGGCAUUUAACGGACAGGACGUUGAUUGGAUCGAUACUGACGAAACGUGGUAUGGCUCCGGUAGUGGUUCGGGCGACGGUGCGUUUACUGAUGACGAGGAUGGCUUCAACGAAGGCUCUGGUUACGAAGGCCCACAUGCGGAAGCGGAGCCAGAACCACCGAAGCAGCCGUCGCCACCAGUCGUUCACGAGGUUGAGACACCGCCGCGAGUGGACAUCGAACCGCAUCAGGGCACUAGUACGACCAGCACGGGCACGAGCAACAACCAGACUAUCUCCGUGAAUAGCGGAGAAGACAACAGGCCGAAGAUGUCGCUAUUCAGGGCGCUGACGACGUAUCUGAUGCCGAUAGUGGUGAUGUGGUUCGGCGGUUGCUUCAACGACUUGCUGUGAUCGUGUGGAUUUUGCGAACAUAACGUUGUGUAAAUAUUACUCGAUUGCGAAUCGCAAUCCUUAUAGCGACGAACGAAGGAAGGAGGAUUACUCGAUGGACUCGGAUCGUUCCGUUAAUCUUGCGGAUUUCCGCAAAGACGUCUCGAGAAGUUGGCGAGGAUAUUCUCGUGAACGGCGUCUUGCGAUCCAUUCCUCGGACCCCUCCAUUCAGCAUUCGCUAAAUCGAUUGCGUGCAUUAAGUCGAUUUAGCGAGUACUGAAGUCACGUUAGUUGAUCGACCUAGCGAGUACAUGGAUAUUCGUGGCCAUAGCUACUCGAUCUUGCCAUAAAUGAGCAAGAGCGGGAGAAAUCGUACGAGAGAUUCGUUAUCCGCUGCUAUUUGAACGAGAGACUGUAGAUACUUGACGAAAUCUCAUAUUUCAUGAGAAACUCUUGCAACAGUAGCUUUCGUCCCAGAAACAGAAAAGGGGCUUGAAUUUCGACUGUUAUUUAGAACUAAGAAAAGUAGUUCUAUGACCGCUGAACUGAAUUUCAAUAAAUAUCUGGGAGCGAUUUCACUUUCCUUCUCCUAUUGCUCUCUCGAAAUGAAUCACUCAGGUGUAUUCUUUCACCGCUCGUGACGUGCGUGAUCAUUUUGCAGGGAAAUUUCCUUUCGAAGUAUAUAAGCGUAUUCCACUCUUUUAAGGAGGUACGAUCGAAAAAUCAAAAUGCUUCGAUCUGUCUAAAAAUUACACAGAAU